ACGCUCCUCUGAAUAUUGCUGAACGUGUAAUCUUUUAAUUCAAGUUACCUAUUCUUAAUAUUUACAUUUAGGUAUAAAAUAUUUGUAUUAUAAGGUUUGUGCUGUUUUGUAGAAUGUAAUAUUUUAAUUUUAUUAGAUUUUACAAUUAGUGAAGAAAUAUUUCUUGUUUUUGUUUAUUUAAACACGAUUAGUAUUUCAUUGAUUAUCAAAAUGGAAUCUGCUACUGAUGUUAAAAAUAAAGACAUCCCAGUUAUUGAAAGUGAAAAAGAUGUUUCCGUUGUUGAAAGUGAAAAGGCUGUCACUGAUGUUGAAAACAAAAAAUCUGUUCUUGCUGUUGAUAAUGUAAAACCAGAACUACUUGCUAAAGUAGCUCCUAAGAUUAUAAAACAGCUUGAAUAUUAUUUUAGUGAUACAAAUUUGCCGUAUGACAAGUUCUUACAAAAUGAAAUUAAGACUGGUGAUGGAUGGGUAAAGAUCAGUGUUUUAUUAACUUUUAAAAGGUUAGCCUCAAUCUCUAAAGAACCUGCUGUUAUAGCUGCAGCAGUUAAAAAUGCUACUAAUUGCAUAGUAGAAAUCAAUGAAGGUAAUGAUAAAAUAAGACGUAAACCUGACCAAGUAGUUCCAGUUGCAGAUCAAGAAUUCUUAAAUGAAAUGAUGGAGCGUUCAAUUUAUUGUAAAGGUUUUCCGAAGACAGCUACCAUGGAUGAACUAUUGAACUAUGCUGCUUCUUUAAAUGAUUUUAACAUAACUAAAGUUAUACCUCGAAGACUUAAAACAAAAGAGUUUAAAGGAUCACUUUAUUUUACGUUUGAAACUAAAGAACAAGCAGAAAAGUUUCUCAAACUCGAAUCUGUUCAGUACGGUGAUGUCAAUUUGGAGCGCAAGUGGGAAAAAGAAUUUCUUGAAGAAAAGAAAUUAGAAUAUGAAGAAAAACUAGCUAAAAGGGACCAAAAACAAAAGGCAGAGACGGAGAAAUAUUUUAAAAAGGGUUAUUUACUCAAAGCUAAUAAUUUAACAGAUGCUGUUACUGUAGACAAAAUUAAAGAUAUUUGUUUAAAAUAUGAAUGGCAAGUUGCUUUUGUAAAAAUUAAUGAAGACAAACUAAGUGCCUGGAUUAGACUGAAGCCUGUAACAACUGCUGAACAAUUAUUGAAAGAUAUUGCUGAUAAAACUAAUGACCUAAAUAUUACAUUUUCAUUGCCUGAAGAAAAUGUGGAACAAACAGUACUAAAUGAAAUGACAAAAGAAAUGAAAGAAGUUCUCCAAAUGAAAGACAGAUUUAAGAAAGAGAAGAAUAAGAAUAAAGGCGGUAAAAGAUUUAAUAAUAAACGGAAAAAUGAGGAUGAUAACAGAAGUAGUAAAAAACUUAAAACAAAUGGAAAUUAAUUUUUUUUUAUGUUGUUUUAUAAUCCAAUGUAACAUUAAGGAUAACUAUUUGUACAAAAUUGAAUGACUAUUAUUAAAAUUACAACAGUUUUAAACAUUCUA